AUGACUCGGAAACAAAAUCUUCUUAAUACACCUUUACAUGGGAUUUAUAUUCCAGUUGGUUUAAUUAUUGUGGGAAUUAUUAUAAUUAAUAAAAAAUAUUUAGUUCAUGGAAUAAUAUUAGCAUUUAUAUUAAGUCUUUAUAAGAUUUAUCGUGGAAAGCCAUGUAUAUCACUUCGUUCAGAUAAAUUUCAAGAGUUUGAAUUAAUUGAGAAAACUGUUAUUAAUUAUAAUUCAGCUAUAUACCGGUUUGCUCUUUACAAAAAAAAUGAUAUAUUAGGUUUACCCAUUGGACAGCAUAUUACAGUAUCUGUAACAGUUGAUGAUAAACAAGUUUCACGUCCAUAUACUCCGUGUUCAUCCGAUGAUGAUCGAGGAUAUUUUGAUCUUCUUAUUAAAUCAUAUCCUACUGGAAAAGUCUCUAAAUAUAUCGGGGAAAUGAAAAUUGGACAAACAAUACAUGUUAAGGGUCCUAAAGGACAAAUGUCGUAUUAUCCGGGUCUUGUUCGAGAAUUUGGAAUGAUUGCAGGUGGCACUGGAAUUACACCAAUGCUUCAAAUAAUUCGAGCUAUUCUAAAAAAUCCUAAAGACAAAACAAAAAUAUCUCUUAUAUUUGCUAAUGUUGCUGAAGAAGAUAUUCUUUUGAAAGAUGAAUUUGAUAUGUUAGCAAAAAAAUAUUCCAAUUUUAAGAUAUAUUAUGUUCUUAAUAAUCCCCCUCCUUAUUGGACUGGUGGUGUUGGUUAUAUUACUAAAGAUAUAAUUAAAGAACAUUGUCCUGCUCCUGCACCGGAUAUAAAAUUAUUAUUAUGUGGCCCUCCUCCGAUGAUAGUUGCUAUGAAGAAAGAAAUAGCUUUUCUUGGAUAUGAUACACCUCGUUUAAUUUCCAAAUUGACUGAUCAAGUUUUUGUAUUCUAA